GAGAAACGUCAAAACCGGAUCAAAACAGAGCGCGGCGCGGUUGAGAUUUGAGGCGAUCCAGAGAAAAUCGUAAAUUUUACGCUUGUUUUUGGUGAUUUUGCGUGAAUUUUGCUUGCGAAGCGAGAUGUUUGAGAACCAGGCCAUUCACACCGAGCACAAGGACGUGAUACACGAUGUGGCGUACGAUUACUACGGCCAGCGGAUGGCGACCUGCUCGAGUGAUCAGUAUGUGAAGGUGUGGGACCAGAACGAGAGCGGCGUUUGGAGCGUAACGGCCAGCUGGAAAGCGCACUCCGGCUCAGUUUGGCGCCUUUCCUGGGCCCACCCGGAGUUUGGCCAGGUGUUGGCCACCUGCUCGUUCGACCGGACCGUGUCCGUGUGGGAGGAAACCGUCGGCGAGAAGAGCUCCCCCACGAUGUCCCCGGUGAAGCGCUGGGUGCGGCGCACAAAUCUGGUCGACUCCAGAACCAGCGUUACGGACGUCAAAUUCUCGCCCAAGUCCCAGGGGCUGGUGCUGGCCACGUGCUCGGCCGACGGAAUCAUUCGCAUUUACGAGGCACCGGACAUCAUGAACCUGUCCCAGUGGACGCUGUCGCACGAGAUUGCAGCGAAAAUUCCACUCAGCUGCCUGUCGUGGAACCAGUCGAUGUUUAGACUGCACGCCCCGAUGAUUGCCGCCGGCAGUGACGACUCUUCGCAGAGCAGCGGCGGAAAGGUGUUCAUCUUUGAGUACAGCGAAAAUUCCAGACGCUGGACGAAGACGGACACGAUUAACUCCAUCACCGAUCCAGUGCACGACAUCGCGUUCGCGCCGAACGUUGGCCGAAGCUAUCACAUUUUGGCCGUGGCCAGCAAGGACGUGCAAAUCUUUAACCUGAAACCGAUUCUGGAACCCACAUCGAACUCACGUCUGGACAUUCAAGCCGUGGCAACGUUUGGAGAUCACUACUGUACCGUUUGGCGUGUCACGUGGAACAUCACCGGAACGAUGCUCGCUUCCACCGGUGACGACGGGUGCGUUCGUAUGUGGAAAAUGAAUUAUCUUAAAACGUGGCGUUGCGCAGCCGUCCUCAAGGCGGAAAACUCACAAUCAACGCAGGAGGUGUCGAAUGCUCCCUCGCUGAACCUGUCCAGCCUGGUCAACGCAACGGCCAAGUACUACAAGCGCGGUACCAUCAGUCAUCCUAGCCAGGUGCCGAGACAUUAGGCGCUGAGGGGGUUGGUCGAAGGUCGAUUUAAUACUUUUCUUACAUUGUUUGGUGAACUCACAGGAUAUCGUUAAUAAAAUUGUGUCUACAA